UUGUGUUGCUAUCAGCUGAUUUAUGUUUGGACGCUCAUUCGACGCGUAGUCCCCCCAUUCCAAACAUCCCCAUCGCAAUAAUCCAACGUAACAUCUAAGUUGGCUACGUGGAAGAGAUUGCACCUGCAUCUGCACCAGCAAUAUGGUGCUCGGAUGCCUGCCCUGCUGCAGCCACAAUGGAUACCAGCAGAUCGGGAAUACGGGUCCUCGAUUUGGAGUGCGUCACCUGCAGUGCAUUCUGGUGUUCUUCGGACUGGCCGUGGCCUAUUCAUUACGAGUGAAUCUCUCUGUGGCCAUUGUGGCCAUGACGGAUCGGAAUGCCAGCAAUCCGGACUUUCCUGAGUUCGACUGGAACGAGAGCACCAAAUCUUACCUGCUGAGCAGUUUCUUUUGGGGCUAUGUAGUCACCCAGAUUCCUGGCGGCUAUCUAUCCUCCAUUUAUGGCGCCAAGUACAUGCUCUUCUAUGGCGUGCUCAUCUGUUCCGUUUUGGCCCUGUUAACGCCGUUUUGUGCUGAAUUCGGUGGCUGGGAGCUGGUAGUGGUGCUUCGGGCAGUGCAAGGCCUCUGCCAGGGCGUCAUCUUCCCCUCGACACAUACGUUCCUAUCGAAGUGGGCUCCGGCUGAGGAGCGCGGUCGGUUGGUGGGCUACACCUACUCCGGAUCUCAAUUCGGAACGGUGGUGAUGCUGUCAGUUAGUGGAUAUAUUGCCUCCUCCUCGUUGGGCUGGCCCAGCACCUUUUACAUUCCAGGAUGCGUUGGAAUCAUUUGGGCAUUUGUGUGGUUCUACUUUAGCUACAGCACUCCUGCACAACACCCCACGGUCACGCCGAGUGAGCGAAGGUUUAUCGAGUCAUCUGGUCAGGCAAGGAGGCCUUCCGAUGCGGGACGCGAGGAACGACCUCGUCCACCGACUCCCUGGUGCAGCAUCCUUACUUCGGGACCCUUUUUGGUGCUCGUCCUCGCCCACUGUGCUAACAACUGGGGCUUUUGGACGCUGCUCACGGAGAUUCCCACCUUUAUGAAGAAUGUGCUUGGCAUGGACAUAAAAAACAAUGGACCACUGUCGGCGCUACCCUACUUCGCUAUGAUCCUACUGACCUGUGCCUUUAUCUGGCUGUCGGAUGCAUUGAAACGUAGAGGAACGGAAAUUCCCUUGGGAUUCUCCAGGAAGUUAUUCAACACCCUGGGAAUGUGGCUACCGAUGCUCGCCUUAAUCGGGUUGGGUUACAUCACAGAGGGUGAGGCUAAUGUCCGGCUAGCCAUUGGACUACUUACCGCGGCGGUGGCCACAAAUUCGGCUACUUAUCUGGGCUUCCAUGUAAACCACAUCGAUUUGUCACCCAACUUUGCGGGUACACUAAUGGGUAUUACAAAUUGCGCGGCAAACUUCAUGAGCAUACUGGCACCACUCAUCGUCGGACUGAUAGUUAGGGAUGAGACAAAUCCAGCGCAGUGGCGAAUAGUGUUUUUCUUCACCGCUUUUGUUUACUUUAUUGGCAAUCUGCUGUUUAUGCUUUUCGGACGUACAAGGGUUCAAUCCUGGAACGCACCCCUUCCGACCAGGACCCCUUCGCCUGGAGAUGGAGGAAGAGAGCCGAAUGAAGCUGGUGAGGAUCGAGCCCCGCUCAUCGACUCCUAAAAUAUAACGUAGGACGAGGCCUAGGAAUUGGUUGUAAAUGUGAAACUUUUUGUACCUUAAAGGAGAAUCAUUCCAUGGAAUUGAUGAAUCGCAAUUAGUAUCGUAUUACUAUUUAUACAUUCGAAACAUAUUUAUGUCUACAUAUAUACGGAAUAUAUAUAUUAUUUAUGUAUACAGCAUCGAAAA